UAGCGUAUUGGUUUUGCCAAAUAAACCCUAAAUCUAAUUAAAUGUAGUACUUAAGUGAUUAAACUCAAGUGGUUAAGAGCUUAAUCAAAUGAGAAAUUGCGACAACCCAACUUUAAUUCCUUCAAUUUCAUCGCUGAACUCUGGAAUACUAUAGGGCUUGUUUUAUUCUGGUCACAUACGAGACAGGAUAUCGCCACACCAAUACACAACACAAGUAACACAUCAAAGGAACAAAAUUACAAAACAAAAACCCAGCCCCAGCCAUUUCAAUUUCCAUUCAUUACAAUACCAAAGAAAAUUCAGGUUGCAUUAAGUUUAUCAGUUUCAAUUUUGUCGAUUCAACCAAACAGCCAGGUCUCCAAUUACGUCCAGUGACUGAGUGCACUCCAAUUGUUCGAUGUUUUGCUUCUGUGAGCUUUUGUUCACAUUUCGGUCUGCAAAUAUAAUUAUCUUUGAAACUUGGUCAUCUUCUACAUGUUUUUACUCAUAAUAACUGCUUCUUUGUCAUAAUUGUGAUCAUGAUGUUGUCCAUGUUUGCAAGAAAAUGCACUUCUGUAUACAAUCAACGUAUCGUCUUCAAGCUGAGUGCAUUUAAUCUAUGCUUCAAGUCCCUUACCACUGUUCCCGACAAGGAUGGUGGUGCUGCAGUGAGCUCUCUAGCCGAGCAACCUUCUGAUUAUUAUCCUAGUAGUAGCCUUCAUCUUUCACCGUUUUUCUCGAACUCCAAUCACCCCUCAAGUGGAUUUGACAUCGAGCUUGUGGACCGUGAUGCUUGGGGGGUCUCGUCUGUGGUGGCACAAGCUUGGCGAGGAGGGGAUUUGGCUACAGCAGGAGCUAGUAGUUCUUGUGAUCAGUGUGUCAUCGAUGAACCCCUUGAUGCUUGUUCCUCCGAUCUUGAGGAUGAACUUGAUUUUGAAGAGAUAGACAAUCUGAGAGUUCGUGGUAAUCUGUUCUAUAAGCUUGAACGCAGUUCCAUGGAGUUUGAAGAGUAUAAUAUAGAAUUUCAUAAGAAGAAAUCUUCCAAGAAAAAAAAUGACAAGACUGAGGUAACCAACAAGGCUAAAGCUAAAGAUAAAACAACACCAAAAGCGACUUCCAAGGAUCAGAAGCUUCCCAAAGUUGAUGAAUUUGGAAGAAAUAGUAAAAGUGUUAUACCCCGGAUGGACGAAAUCAAUGAUUCGUCUCCUGUGAACAAGAAACAGAGGGUUCCCACUUUUAACCAGCUUACCGGGCCUUAUCAUGAACCAUUUUGCUUGGACAUUUAUAUAUCGAAAGCCUCAGUUCGUGCCUGCAUUGUUCAUAGGGUAACUAGCAAGGUGGUUGUUGUGGCACAUUCCAUUUCCAAGGAUCUCAAGUUUGACCUGACUUCUACCAAGAAUAAAACCACAUGUGCUGCUGUGGGGAAAAUUCUGGCUCAGAGAGCAUUGGCUGAUGAUAUUCAUGAUAUUAUUUAUACUCCAAGGAAAGGAGAAAGGGUGGAGGGGAAGCUUCAGAUUGUUCUUAAUUCCAUCAUUGAUAGUGGCAUUAAUGUGAAGUUGAAGAUUAAACAACGACAAAAGAAGAAGUCUUUCAGCUCACAUUUUACCUAGCUAGGGUCAUGCUUGCUCAAUGGACAUUGUAUAUUGGCCAUGGUUAUAUGAUGUUAUAUGUGUGGGAAUGAAGUAUUGCAUUUUUAAGCACAUUGAAGGGGACCUGAACUUGUCAUUUAGGGUAUGUUUGAGUUGGUGCCUUGGUGGUAUGGAAUAUAAUCGAAUGGAAUAAAAUAGGCUAGUUAGUUUUUAAAAAGUGUAUGUUAUAUCAUUCGAUACCAUUUCACUCUGUUUUGGGAUUUUAAAGUACAUUUUGCAGCAUAUACCGGAACAGGAAACAAUGCUGCCCGUGGUGGGAUUGCUCGCGCGACUCAAGUUGUACUUUCUGUUAGGCUUUUUGCAGCAAAGGUGAAUUUAUGUCCUGUGAUUCAAGCUGAUUUGUGGGCAAUUUUUUGGAGCUUGAAGAUUGCUAGAGACUAAGGCUACUCCAACUUGAUUUUGCAGAACGAAUGCAAAAUUUCUGUUAACUUGCUGGAAGGGAGCUGCCCCCAUACUCACUCUUGUUUUGUUUUGGUGUCUAGAAUUAAAGCCCUAGCUAAGUUCAAUUAAUACUGUUCAGUUUUCUUGUGUCUAGAGUUGCUAAUUAUGUUGCAGACAAUUUAGCAGAGUUUGGUUUGUCCAUUGAAGUUCAGAAUGUAGUUUAUAAUACUAUGUCAUUGCUAGAAAUAUUUGAAUAAGGUUUAGCAUUUACUAAAUUAAGUUGUAACAUAUGUAAAUAACUAAUGACUGAACAAGUAUCCACACAUCUAGUAAAUUAAGCUAUGAUAUCUAUUCUGAUUUGAGUCAAA